UGGGACUCGAACCACGGUCUGCCAUGUGGGAGUCCAGUGACAUAACCACUACACUAUCAGCUGGCCCCCAUGCUUCCUAUCUUUGAUGGUCGGAUUUGUGGGUGAUUAUGCGCACCAAGCAGCAGGAAGGGGGGUGGUUCCCUCAGUAACCAGCCAAGGGCUCUUAAAAAUGUUCAGCGGAAACGAGGGACCACAUCACAGGUCGAGGCAGACCUUACUUGCCAACGAGCUCAUCUCUGGAACAAGGCGACAGAGCGUCUCUGCUGGUCCUGCUGGGAACAGGCAUCAUGGAAGACUACAACUACGAAGACGGGGUGUUCUCGAACGCUUCCAGCGAGAGCAGACAGGAGCACCAGCGCUUCCUGCAGUUCCGCAAGCUCUUCCUGCCCUGCAUGUACCUGGUGGUGUUCGUCUGCGGGCUGGUCGGGAACGCCCUGGUGCUGGUCAUCUACGUCUUCUACCAGAAACUCAAGAGCCUGACCGACGUGUUCCUGAUGAACCUGCCCCUGGCCGACCUGCUGUUUGUCUGCACGCUGCCCUUCUGGGUCCACGCGGUCCUCCACGAGUGGGUCUUUGGCCAGGCCAUGUGCAAGCUCCUGCUGGGCGUCUACACCAUCAACUUCUACACGUCCAUGCUUACCCUCACCUGCAUCACCGUGGACCGCUUCAUGGCAGUGGUGCAGGCCACCAAGGCCUACAACCAGCAGGCCAAGCGGCUGGCCCGGGGCAAGGUCAUCUGCGUGCUCACAUGGGUGACCUCCCUGCUGGUCUCCCUGCCGCAGGUCAUCUACGGCAGCGUCUCUGCUCUCGACAGGCUCGUCUGUGGCUACCACUCCGUGUGCCUGCUGACCCAGACGCCCUUCAACCUCGUGAAGCUGGUCCACAGCACGAGCUGGGAGUACGACGCCAUGACCAGCGCUCAUUAUGCCGUCGUGGUGACGGAGGCCAUCGCGUACCUGCGGGUCUGCCUCAACCCCGUGCUCUACGCCUUCGUCGGCCUCAAAUUCCGGAAGAACUUCCGGAAACUCAUGAAGGACGCUGGCUGCCUCCCUUACCUGGGGGUCUCACAUCAGGGGAGGUGUUCUGACGACACUUCCAAGACUUGUUCUGCUUCCCACAAUGGGGAGGCCACCACCAUGGUCCAGCUGUAGGCCUUGCUGGGGCUGGAGGACGCUGCUCCGGGACUGGCAGGUGCACGGCUGUGCCCUCCGGCUGCGGCGAGGAGAGCUUUGCUUUUAGCGUGUGCUUUCUCCAGGAGAAGUGGGCAAACGCAGGCUGCCUCUCAGACCCGACACGCGCUGUUCUCUUCUCAGACAGCGGGCCCCAAGCUCGAAGGGGUGGGGGGAAUCUAACAUAAGGGCUCCCCUCUCCCCAUCCCCAAGAACACCGACGCCGAGGAGAUGUCAUAAUCAAGACCCUGCUUCACGCGCGGAGCUUCCAGAAGCACAAGUCUCUGAAGAUCAUCUUCUGACCUGACUCCUGAGAGCUCAGGUCCCCCUUCACUGGGACUGGAGCUGAAGGUGGAAGUGGGGAGCACAGCCAACUGAGCUGUGGGUGCAGGCAGCCCCCCGGGCUCUCGAGUUUGGAAGACCCUUCUGAUUAUCUGACCGCAGAGGAGGCAAGAGCAGCCUCGUGCACCUAACAGCACUGAGGGCGGGCUCGCGGGGGUGACUUCUGCAGAGGCAAAGCUUACGUCGUCUUUGGCGAAUUCUAGAAGGACUAGCACUGGGGAACAGAAACCGGUCACAACAAACCGAAGUGGGCUAAGAAUUCCGAUAGUCCACGAAAUGCAAGAGAAAUGUGCACAACUUAGUGUAAGCCUGGGCCAGGUGUGAGCAGCCUUCGUGCAGUGGACGUGACGCUGGCGGGGGUGCCACUUACAGGUGGAACUACCCGGCACCUGCCACCGGACACCAACGGCACAGGCCUCCCCCGAUGAGGACGUUCAAAAGACUCCAAACUACUUUGACCCUUAGGUACAUUUUACUCCAAUAAGAUGUGCCUGGAAUGUACCCAAAAUGAUAACUCGUGGGCUCAGAGCACCAGACGUGAGUUAGAAACACUGAGGGACGGCGCUCUACCGAGGAAAUGGAGCCUACCAGCGAUGACAGCUGCUCGCCGCUGUGGUUUCCGACCUCCUGCCUCAGACGGGGUGGGUGGGGGUGCAUUUGUUUAAGUCCUCAUUUGGGCACAGGAUGAGGCAGUUUUUUUGUUUUUGUUAUUUUUUUUUAAAGAGGUAUUUUCACUA